CGGGCUACUUUCGUUGUCGCUCAGCUAUUGGGCUUGAAUCUCUUCAGCAGCUUCUGCAAUGGUGUCGUCGUUGUCGGCCUGCCAGCCAUGGCGGCCUCCUUGCAUAUCGACGAGGGACUUCUUGUCUGGCCUACCUCCGUCUUCUACCUCACUGCAGGUUCAUGUCUGUUACUGGCUGGUUCUAUCACCGACGUGAUAGGCACCAAAACUAUGAGCUUGAUAGGAGCCUUCGCUGCCGCCGUCUCCGCGAUGGCCUGCGGUUUGGCUCAAACCGGUGGCCAAUUGAUUGCCUUUCGUGCCUUACAGGGUAUCACGAACGCCAUCAUUGUUCCCUCGUCCGUCUCCAUUAUUUCGACUAGCUUAGAGGAGGGAAGGCCGCGCAACUUAGGUUUUGCGUGCUUGGGCUUUGCUGGUCCGAUCGGAUUUUCUCUUGGGCUCGUCCUUGGCGGUGUUUUUGCCGAUAGCACCGGCUGGAGGGCCGCAUUUUAUCUUGCCGCAGCCACCACUUUCGCUUUAUUCUUGGUCGGUGUUUGUACGUUGCCAAAGGCCGUUGUAAGGUCAAGAAAAUCGGUUUGGUCUAGAAUUCUGAAAGAAGUUGACAUCAUUGGUGCAUUCAUUGGGACUGCAAGUUUGGCGAUGCUAUCUUAUGUUCUAGCAAUCUUAUCUGCCGACAUCCAUAGUAUUCAUAAGGCAUCCACCAUUGUUCUUCUGGUUAUUAGUGCUACCCUGAUCCCUGUAUUCAUAGGAUGGAUGCAGUACCAGGAAAGACACCAGCGCAAUGCACUCAUCCCCAACUCGCUAUGGAGAAACUGGGUGUUCACCAGUUGUUGCCUCAUGGUACUACUCACCACGGCUGUGUGUAACUGCAUGGAAUUGUAUAGCAGUUUGUUCUUCCAGCAAGUACAGAGUCAAUCGGCGCUGCAUGCUUCACUGCAGAUUCUCCCGUCUCUUAUUUCUGGAGCACUAACCAACAUAUCGACCGGGAUCUUUGUAAACCGUAUGCCUGUCAUGUGGUCUGUACUCAUCUCCUCCACUCUUAGCACUGUCGCGCCACUUCUCAUGGCCCUGAUCAAUCCCAGCUGGCCAUAUUGGUACGAUGCUUUCUUUGCCCAGAUUCUCGCUCCAUUGAGUUGCGAUAUUCUCUUCACAGUUGGCCUCCUCGUCGUGUCAGACGUUUUCCCCACACAUAUGCAGGCUUUGAGCGGAGCCGUCUUCAACACUUGCGCCCAGCUUGGAACCGCUAUUGGCUUAACUGUCACUUCACUCAUCGCUGCCUCUGUAACUAAUGCAUCUCUUAACGUCGAUAAAGCCUCACCCAGUGCCCUUAUGGUUGGAUAUCGCGCCGUCUUCUGGACUAUGUUUGCCGCCAUGGCACUAGUCUGUGUGCUAAGUGUACUCGGAUUACGGACGAUCAAACAAUUGGGAGUCAAGCGAGACUGA